CAAUAUACUACAGUAAGAAGAUAAAGAAUAUUGCACAAGUAAAUCACAAUGAACAGCAAAGUGACUGUCCUUAACCUUACUCUCUUUGUACUUUAUGUGGCUUCCACACAAGGAAUGAGCCUGCGCUGUCAGUGCAUCAAAACAGCUUCAAAAUUCAUCCAUCCACAAUUCAUGGAGAAUAUUGAACUCAUUCCAAGUGGGCCCCACUGUGAAAAUGUGGAAAUUAUUGUCACUCUUCAAAACAGUGAUCGAGUUUGUCUGAAUCCCAAAUCUCCAUGGGUGCACAAAAUUAUUGACAGAAUAAUGAGUCGUUCCAAGAAAACUACUAAAGAUCAAUGAAGAUAACUUCACUGCAAGAUUCUGAAGAAGCCUACAAAUACCAUUUCAAGGACUCUGUACACCUCAAGUCUUCAUAUUUGCUUACCAUCUUGUUCAGAUUUUCCAAGAUCAGAACAGCAAAUUAAUGUAUAACUGUCUGAAGUCAACAUUUAAUAUAAAUGUAUUUAUUUAUUUAACAAUGUUUGCACUUGAGAAUGAAACACAGAUUCUUUCUCUUUAUUUUAAAGUGUACCCUGUACCAUUGUAUCUGAUUGAGAGAAUCUUGUGGCUGGAAAUCAAUUGGACAUGUGGUUUUCAUAUGAGAAAUAGCAGUAUUUGUUGCAUAAGUAGUUAAUUAUAUUGAUAAAAUUGUUGGUAGAUUGUCAUUUGGCAGAACUACAUCGAUUUCUCAGGUUGCACUCUGCUGUUAUCAGUGAAAAACAACGUUUACAACAUUCCUUUAUUUGUCAGCAAGGAAUCAACUACCCUAACAUCAUUUUAUUAAUAUUAAAUAUUUAGCCAUAGUUUGGAUGCAAACAAAUAGAGUUCUCUGCUUCAAUAUAAGCAGAAGUCACAGGUUUACUAAACACUGCCACGAAUAUAUUAUUGAGUAAGCAGUCCUCUCUAGUCAGUCCCACAGCAUAAUGUUGAGGUUAUCAUAUACUUUCACGUUAGUGGUCACAUUAAGAUGUUGCAGGGUACAGCGGAAAUGUUAUUUAUCACUGUGACCCAUUGUCAGUAAUGUGAUUCUGAAUGGCUCAAUUAUUAACUGCAAGCCACCAUUUUAGUUUAUACACUUCAGUAUUUAUGAAUACUCAAUUUUCUAUUAAGUAUCUAUUUUGCACAGGGAAUAAUAACAUAAUGUUAUAAAAACUGUUUUUUCCAAUCAAUUUACUUUUUUCUAGUGUAUUGCACUGCUUGGAACUUUUAAUUUUAUCAAGAAAUAAACUAUUUCAUGUAUCUAAUG